UUCUUUUAGCUAUAGAAAUAUGUUUGACCGUGUGGAAUCAGAGUUUGUGACAUUUUUUAACGUUACAUGUGGUAUUUGUAUAAUACUGAUGUUGACAGUUAUAUUAAUUAGCACUUCAAGAAGAAGAAAUGUGUCAGAAAAUGUACCAGAUAAUGUGGUUUUAUUAUAUCAAGUUGGUAGAGGACCAUAUGCACCCAGUUCUUCUCCGUUUCCUCUUAAAUUGGAAACAUUUUUACGAAUGUAUAAAAUCCCUUAUAUGAAUGAUCAUUCUGGUAAAUUUUCAAGUAAAGGCAAGACUCCGUGGAUAAAAUAUAAUGGUGUUUCAGUAGCAGAUUCUGAAUUUUGUAUCGAGUUUUUGAAAAGAAAAAGAAAUAUAGAUAAAGAGAAAAUCAGCCCUUUUUUAAAAGCGACUGGUCGGGCUUUACAAAAGUUGACAGAGGAAAACCUAUACUGGACAAUGUGUUAUUCUAUGUUUGUGGAAAAUCAAGAUAUGAUUGCCACCGUUAUGCCACAAUAUAGAGGUUGGAGAUUAAAAUUGUUGGUGAUAAUACUAUCAAGAGUAUUAAGAUUAGAGAUGUGGGGACACGGUAUAGGAAGACAUUCUACUAAUGAUAUAUGGCAUAUAGGAAAAGAAGACAUUUGUGCCUUAUCAAAUUAUCUAGGUGAGAGAAUGUUCUUUCUUGGAGAUGAACCACAUGAAGUCGAUUGUGCAUUGUUUGGAAUGUUAGCUCAAAUUAUAUACCAUAUGCCUAACAGUCCUCACGAGAAGCUCAUUAAAGAGAAACACAAUAAUCUGAGUAGUUAUUGUAAGCGAAUGAAGGAUUUAUACUGGCCCGAUUGGAAUGAGAGAUGUUACAAUGUUCUCACUCCUAAAGAUGACAUGGGAAAAAUUUACUUCAACUAUUAAAACAGAAUUUAUACAAAAAUUAGACAAUCCUUCAAAAAUAAA